UUCCAUUUAAAUAAGAUUGUUUUCUUAAUUUUUAUUUUGGGUAGAUUGUAGUUAGAAUAUAAAAUGCUACUAACUUUUCUAUGUUGAUUUUAUGUCCUGCAAAUUGACUCUGGAUCAAAAUGGAAGUCUUGAGCAUAUUGAUGUGCUCUGAAUUCAAAUAUUAGAAAGCAACAGUGAAGAUAAACAUUUCAUCUUUGAAAGAAAUAGCUAAACACACACAGUAAGCUAAAAAUAACUCCCUGCAUCAUGUAAGAAGCUCAUAGUUAAAGAUAAGCAUUUUGGGGAGCUUUAAUCUUUAUAAUUUUCAUCUAAAUAUACAAGUUUAACAAUUAUCCAUCAUGACAAUGUUUUUUAAAGCCUACUGAAGCUGGGUGACAAAUCUUAGGAUUCAUUAUACUAUUAUUCAUAUAUGUUUAAGAUUUUCUAUAAUUAAAAAGUAAAAUCUAAACUGCAGUAACACUCCCUGUGUCCCUGUUGUGGGUUUGUCUGGUAUUUUCCAGUAAUUAAUUUCGCAUUCUUUGAGGAAAGUUCUGUACAAGCAAAGCUUUGCUCUUCUCUCUGCAUCGUAUUAGGCAGUAGAUGAAGUUGACUUUUUACCAGUGAGUUAGUGUUCACCUUCAUCACUUGGUUAGGAUGAUAGCUGCCAAGUUUCCACUGUAAAGUUACCAUAGCAUAAUUUAUUUUAUUUUAUUAUUUGUGGUGCUGGGGUGUGAAACUAAUGGCUUUGCACUAAGUGUAUCCCUGGCCCUUUUUUAGUUUUUACUUUAGGCCAAGUUCUUGCCAAGUUGUCCAGGCUGGGCUCAAACUUGCAAUCCUCCUGCCUCAGCCUGCUUUAAAGGGUCCUUCAUGCUGUUGAAUGUAUUCCAAGUUUGUUCUUUAUUGCUGAGUCAUCUGCAUUGCAUGAGUAAACCACAGUUUGUUUACUUACUUAGAAGUUGAUGGGCAUUUGGGUUGCUUCCAGUUUGGGACCUGGCACUCUGCACCAGGACUUGGUGAUCUCCUGUUGAACAUAAGCCAUGCCACAGAACACCAGUGUCAGCCAAGGCCACCCUUGCCUGUGACCACAAUGGGUCAGAACAGAAACAAGACCAAUCAGUAACCAUGUCUGAACUCAGACACAGAACACUGUGUAAACCACAAGAAGGACCAAAGCGUGCCCAUCCCGGGUGACCUGAGGGAUUGCCACUGGCCGAUCAGUCACAGGGUCAGCCUCAUUUUAGUCCUUCAUCUGCUUAGUUAAGGUUCAUUACAACGCCAACCACAGCAGCUGUUUCCUAGCAGCAGCCAGUCUGGGACAAAGCUGCACUUCUGUGAACUCCUCCCCAGCAUGACCUGACACCAGCCCAAGCACCCUAACACUGCUUCUCAAUUCUCACUGGAACACCCUGCGGUUCUCACGGCACAUUCUCUCCCGGCGCCUGGCUCAGCCGCACAUGGGUCCGGGUCCCUGGCUGGAAGGGUGGACAUCCCACACAAUGUAUUAACAUGGGUUGAAAUCCUUGUCUCUGCGGAUUGUCUCCAUCUAUCCUAUUUCCAGCCCACAUCAGUUCUUCUAUUGAUUUUUUAUGAAUUCUUUUUAUAGAUACAAAUUCAAGAAGAUACUAAAGUAUAUUUUUAUAUCCCUUUUCCUAUCUCUUACAAAAGACUAUCUACAUUUUUCUCCCAACAUUAUGGAGAGCUCUGUCAGAUGGAAGAACUUUCAUUCUACUUUUUAAAAAUUGUGGUGAAACAUACGUAACAAAAAGUUUACCUUUUCUGAAGAUACCGUUCAACAGUGUUAAGUACAUUCACGUUGUUGUACAACCAACCUGCAUAAGUCUUCAUUUUAUAAAACUGAACCCUGUGCCUAUUAUUAAUUUACAUACAGUAUAGUUAACACUUUUGUGUGGCAUUCUAUGAGUUUUUUUGUUUUUUGGUACCGGGGAUUGAACUCAGGACCUUGCGCUUGAGAGGCAGGCGCCAGAACCACUGAGCUAAAUCCCCGGCCCCUAGUUCUAUGAGUUUUGAUAGACACCGUCAUGUAACUGCCACACGACAUGGGACAAUUCCAUUACCUCCCCGACCUGUCACGGCCCUUUGUAUUUCUUCACUCUUCCCCCUGCCAAUGGCCACAAACAUAUUUCCUGACCCCACAGUUUUCUUAUUCCAGAAUGGCAUAUGAGUGGAAUCGUACCUUCUUUUCAUAGCAGCUGUAUUAAUUGUGAAUGUGCCCUUGACCAAAAGUUGAGAGAGAUUUUGAAGGAGAUUUUCAUAUCUUUUUUUUUGGUACCGGGGAUCGAAGUCGGGAUGUUGCACUUGCGGGGCAGGUGGCAGAACCACUGAGCUAAAUCCCCAGCCUGAGAUUGUCAUAUGUUUUUAAAAGCAGUUUUUCAAAUGAAUUCUCCCAUUUAACUCCUUCCUAGCCUCUAAAGCAGUUAUUCUCCUGUGGUUAGCAGGGUGAUCGGGAAAUGGACCGUGGGCUCUGCAGACCAUCUGACUCCGUGGUCUGGGGUAGAGCCUGAGGCUUUGAAUUCCUGACAUCUCAGCCUGCCUAGAGAAUUAGUACCGCAAAGAAACCCUGAUGCGACCUCUUCAGAUUGUCACAAGCCGAUUAAUUUCCCAACCGUGUUGUGGAAAGAAGCUUCCAGCCUCCCCGCAAAGCAAAAUUUGCCUGGUAAUGGCUCGUCGAAGUUCCAAUAUGGCAGAUUUUCGGAAGUGUUUUGCAAGCGCCAAGCACAUAGUCAUCAUCUCCGGGGCUGGCAUUAGUGCUGAAAGUGGGAUUCCCACGUUCAGAGGAGCUGGCGGCUACUGGAGAAAGUGGAAAGCCGAGGAACUGGCCACCCCCACGGCCUUCGCCCGCAACCCCGCUCGAGUGUGGGAGUUCUACCACUACCGGCGCAGCGUCAUCCUGACCAAGGAGCCCAACCGCGGGCAUCUCGCCAUCGCCGAGUGUGAGUCCCGGCUGAGCAAGCAAGGCCGCCGGGUCAUGGUCAUCACCCAGAACAUCGAUGAGCUACACCGCAGGGCUGGCACCAAGAACCUGUUGGAGAUCCACGGUACCAUAUUUAAAACUCGGUGUACCUCUUGUGGAUCUGUAGUUGAGAAUUACAAGAACCCAAUUUGUCCAGCUCUAUCGGGAAAAGGUGCUCCUGAACCCGAGGCUGAAGAUACCAAAAUCCCACUUGAAGAACUUCCCCGGUGCGAGAUGGCAGGGUGCGGAGGCUUGCUGCGACCCCACGUGGUGUGGUUUGGAGAAAACCUGGAUCCUGCCGUGUUGGAGAAGGCCUCCAGAGAGCUGGAGCUCUGUGACUUAUGUCUGGUGGUUUUAUUUCCAGGGACCUUGUGGGACAACUCUUCCUGAAGCCCUUGCUCGUCAUGAAACUGAAACUAUUUAAGUAUCCUGGGAAAGGAAGAAAACCCAAUAUAACAAAGAACCAGGCCACAAACAGAAGAAAUAGUCCAUCCAUUGUGAGCUGAAUACUGGAAGAUCUAAAAAUGUCCUCUGAUUCCUUGACUGGACUCCAACUAUCGCUAAGUGAUUGGGCUUGGAAGAAAUAUAAAGUUAAUGCACGCUUGGUGUGAACUGAAAUGUAAGUGUCUUACAUUUGUGUUUCCCUCCCAUUUAUUGGGAGGGAAAAAUUUGUAAUGAGAUUGUCUUUAAAACAUUACUUAUCUUGAUGUAUUUUUCUCUUUGGAAAAGAUAGGAGGGUAAAACCCUGGUAUUAAGUGUUGAUGGAAAAUGAGAUCACUGUCUACAGUAGGGAAUUUAUUAUAUAAAGAUGUUACCAAGAGA